CCAAUUCGCUGUCCAUGCUAUGGCAAGCUCCACGAUCGGCAGCUAUAGCUUUCAUUCUGACGACUUUAUAGGGUUGCGCACCGAGUUCCAAUUCGAGAAUGUCCUACGACGUGCCCCACCACAACUGCCGUGGACCCUGAUUAGCAAUGAAGUCAUCGACGUGACAUUUCUAAUCACGACGCGUUUCUAGAAGAUCAACAUCAGACCUCUUUAUGAAAUUCGAAGUCUCGCAGAAAUACUCACGCAUACGACUACCAACAUGUUAGCCCUCACCAGCGCGACAGGCAAGCUCGGCGGCGCCGUGCUGAACGCCAUUCUCGACAACAAGCUCAUUGACCCAAAGGAGCUUGUAGUAUGCACAUCAAGUGACCCAAGUUCCGAGCGCUUCUCCUCCCUCCGCGCCCAAUCCAUCACCCUGCGGCAGGCCAACUUCGAUGACCCCUCCUCCCUCGCUACCGCCUACAAAGGAUGCUCAUCCUUAUUCCUCGUUUCCACGCCCCGCAUAGAAAUGGAUUACAACAAUGCGCCCCUCUGGCACGGCCGCGAGGCGCACCACCGCGCCGCCAUCGACGCUGCCUUGCAAGCAGGCGUGCAGCACAUCUACUACACCUCGCUCGCUUUCGCGAACCCCUCUAAAGCCGGUGUCAUGCGGGCUCAUAUUCGUACGGAAAAAUAUCUCGCGGACUUGGCGAAAGAAGAAAAGUGCACAUAUACGGUGCUCAGGGAAGGAUUGUAUAACGAGAGUUGGCCGUUAUAUUUCGGAUACUAUUUUGGGCUAAAGGAGGAGACAAGGAAGGAGGUGAUUGUCGCCGGGGACGGCAAGGUGAGUUGGACGAGUAUACCUGAUAUGGCGUUUUCCACGGCGAAAGUACUCGCGGCGCCGCGCGAGCAAUGGGCUGGAAAGACGUUUUAUCUGUCGCAGAAGCAAUCUCAUUCGCUGAGUGAUAUUGCGCGCAUUGUGAGUAAAGUACGAGGCGAGGAGGUUAAGCUCAAGGUUGUGAGUAGGAAGGAGUAUGAGGAUUACUAUGUUAGCGAGAAGGGCAUGGAGAGGCCGAGUGUGGAGUGGUGGAGCAGUACGUAUGAUGCGUUGAAAGAAGGGGAAUGCGAGAUUGAUGAUGGUACGUUGGAGGCGUUGCUGAAGGAGGCGGGGAGGACGCCGACGGGGUUGGAAGAGACGAUUAAGGAGAUGUUAACGUAGGGUUGUGGAUAGUCGGGUAAUAUGUACUCAUUCUUCGUCUUCAUGAUCGGUAUCUACUCAUACAGCAUGUACAU